CGCCCGAGGCCAAAGCUUUGAGGGCACUUGCAGAAGCGGGGUAUGCCAAUAUUGGGAUACCGGAUCUUGCGCGUCUGUUACCUCCCGACUCCUUCCAGGAAGAGCUAAUUGUGAUGGCUGAUGUUCGAGCCUAUUAUCACGUUGCCUACAAGCGCAUCAUUGACCAUAUUCCUCUGACGAUCGAGCAUUCUCUGCACCAUGCCCUGGCGGAACAAUUGUCGCAGAGCCUUUUUACGAGCUUGCUGACCGAUGUUGCGUCUGGGCACAACUUCUCUGAGCGUAUGAACGAGUUGGUCAGCGAAGACGCUUCCAUCGCUCAGAAACGUGCAUCGCUCUCGACAAGAAAGCAGUGUCUAUCAGACAUUCGCCGGAAACUCAUGACUUUCGGCAACAGUACUUGAUUGGCGUGGGAGGUUGCGAUGUAUUUUCGUCUGCUAGUACUUUCGUGCAAAUAUAGAUCUUCCCUCUUGUUGACCGGUGACCUCCUAUUAACCUCUGUCGUUGUCAUGUAAUGCAAUGCUUGCUGUAUUUAU